AGGAGGAGGAGCAGCAGCAGCGGGAGAGAAGCCUGGGGGUGUGUUUUUUACGUUUUCAACCGUCGAUCGCUUGAAAUAUGAGGAAAUUCUUAAAAAUGUAAAACAUAAUACUGUCAGGAAUUGGAUUUCUGAACCGAACACCGGGACCACGCUACCGUAUUUAAGGAAGUCGCUGUUCCUGGGAGAGGCAGGCGCCUGGAGCUCCCAGCUGGCAGAAUGUCACCCAUCGGCAAUGACUGCCCGCAUUUGGAAUCCGUGGGCGAGAUCACUAAAGAAGAACUGAUCCAGAAAUCUCAUGGGAAAUGCCAGGAUUGUAAGGUUGGCAGUCCAAACCUUUGGGCAUGUUUGGAGAACGGCUGUGCCUACGUCGGCUGUGGAGAAUCUCACGCUGAUCACAGCACGGUUCACUCCCAAGACACCCGGCAUAACCUGACUGUGAAUCUCACCACUCUGCGAGUCUGGUGCUACGCCUGUGGUAAAGAAGUGUUUCUGGAGAGAAAGCUUGGACCCAGCUCCUUGGCGUCAUCCCCUAAACCACACACACCGAUUCAGAACCAUGUGCAGGAUACCAAAGUCCCUGGGAGCCCAGCAAUGAAGCUCCCCCAGGCAGCUGUGUCUGAUGACCUAGAUACUGAGAUGGAAGAAGAUGAAUUCAGAACAAGAGGUAGUCGCAUAUCAAUUCCACUUGGACUCACUGGAUUGAAAAACAUUGGGAACACGUGUUACAUGAAUGCAGCUCUCCAGGCACUUUCAAACUGCCCGCCUUUGACCCAGUUUUUUGUGGACUGCGGUGGUUUGGUGCGCACUGACAAGAAGCCAGCUCUGUGUAAGAGCUAUCAGAAGCUGGUUUCAGACAUCUGGCACAAGAACAGACCUGGAUAUGUUGUUCCCACUAACUUGUUCCAAGGAAUAAAGGCGGUUAAUCCAAUGUUUCGUGGCUAUUCACAGCAGGACUCCCAGGAAUUCCUGCGCUGUCUGAUGGACCAGCUUCACGAGGAGCUGAAGGAGAGCCUGCUGGAGCUGGACGAGAGCCCCCCGGCCAUCAGCAUGGAUGAGAACAUGGAGGAGGACAAAAACCAGUCAGACAACGACUUCCAGUCCUGCGAGUCGUGCGGGAGCAGCGACAAGGCCGAGAGCGAGACCAAUGUCAAGCUGCUCACAGAAGGGCCCGCCGAGGCUGAAAUGCUCAUCUCUGACGAGGUGAAGAACCAGGUGAUUAAUAAAGACUGGCAGAAAGAGAAGAACCUCAUUAACAAGCUGUACCGAGCCAGCUCGUCCGAGGACUUGGAUAAAGACAUUGACACAGCAGCAGAAGCCACCCCCAUCAUCAGCAACCAGGGAACCGUCAAAGUGCAGAUACAGAGCAGGCUGUCAGACGAUGUCCACGUAAACAGUUCCUCAAGGCCCCACAGCCCCUCGCCCAAUGAAGGAAUCCAUUCUAAACUCUCCAGUAGCCCCCCGAAAUCUACUUCUGUCUGGGCGUCUUCACACAAGAAAGCACCAUUUUCCUCUCCUAAGAAGAAGAUGCAGAAAAAGUACAGGAGUGUCAUUUCUGAUGUCUUUGAUGGCACUAUCGUCAGUUCAGUGCAGUGUCUGACCUGUGAUCGGGUAUCUAUCAUAUUAGAAACCUUUCAGGACAUCUCUCUGCCAAUCCCAGGUAAAGAAGACCUGGCCAAGCUCCAUUCCUCCACACACCAGACUUCACUGGUCAAGGCCGGCUCCUGUGGGGAAGCGUACGCACCUCAGGGCUGGGUAUCGUUUGUGAUGGAAUAUAUCAAAAGCUGGUUUUGGGGUCCUGUGGUAACCCUGCAAGACUGCCUGGCUGCCUUUUUUGCAAGAGACGAGCUCAAGGGGGAUAACAUGUACAGCUGUGAAAAAUGCAAAAAGUUAAGAAAUGGAGUUAAAUACUGCAAAGUACAGAGUCUUCCAGAGAUUUUAUGCAUUCACUUGAAGAGAUUCAGACAUGAGCUCAUGUUCUCAACCAAAAUUGGCACCCAUGUGUCCUUCCCUCUGGAGGGUCUGGACCUGCAGCCAUUUCUCGCCAAGGACUGCGCUGCUCAGACCACCUCCUACGACUUGCUGUCAGUCAUCUGCCACCAUGGGACAGCCAGCAUAGGUGGUCAUUACAUAGCUUACUGCAGAAAUGAUCUGAACAGCCAGUGGUACGAGUUUGAUGAUCAGAGUGUCACCGAGGUGUCAGAAUCCAGUGUCCAGAACGCAGAGGCAUACGUGCUCUUUUACAGAAAGAGCAACGAAGAGGCCCAGAAAGAGCGUCGGAAAGUCUCUAGCCUUUUGAACAUGAUGGAGCCAAGUCUGCUGCAGUUUUACAUCUCCCGCCAGUGGCUGAAUAAGUUUAAGACAUUUGCUGAGCCUGGCCCAAUUUCCAACAAUGAUUUCCUCUGUGCUCAUGGAGGGGUACCACCUCAUAAAUCUGCAUAUAUUGAAGAUAUUGUUUUAAUGCUGCCACAGAAUGUAUGGGACCAUCUGUACAGCAGGUAUGGAGGAGGACCAGCUGUUAACCAUCUGUAUGUUUGUCACACUUGCCAGUCUGAGAUUGAGAAACUAGAAAAAAGAAGAAAAAUAGAACUGGAUAUGUUUGUUCGGCUGAACAAAGCAUUCCAGGAAGAGGAAGCCCCUGCAGUCAUUUAUUGCAUCAGCAUGCAGUGGUUCAGAGAGUGGGAGGGAUUUGUCAAAGGCAAGGACAAUGAGCUUCCUGGCCCGGUUGAUAAUACAAAGAUUGCUGUGAACAAGAGUGGUCAUAUUACAUUAAAGCAAGGAGCGGAUUCUGGACAGAUCUCAGAAGAAAGCUGGAACUUCCUGCAUUCUAUCUAUGGCGGGGGUCCAGAGGUUACUUUGCACCCCAAUAUUGCACAUCAAGAAUCUGAAACCUCCCAAGCAGAAGAGAAAAUCGAGGUGGAGACACGUGCCGUGUAGUUUUACACACAGCAGGCAAAACAAAUACACUUUGCACUUAACUUACUCUAGGAGCAUUCCCAGAAAGACUGUUUUUUGUUGGUGUAAAUGAUAGGGGCAUUGUUAUAUUUGACAAUCAAUGGAAGGAAGACAUACCAUAUGAGUCCCUGUACUAUGUAUAUAUUAUAACUUUAUACC